AUGCUCUUACAAACUGUCACGGCCGGAAGCAUUUUCGAACAAGGUAGCCUCCCGCUGUUGAUUCUCACAUGUCUGCACGCGGGUGCUGUGGCCGCGUUCUUUUGGUGUCUCCUAGCCAAUGCGUUCGUCGCUACUCAGUAUGUGGAGGACGGGACGCCCAGCUCAUUGAUUCCAUUCUAUGGAUUCGCAGGGAUAUUCUUCGCCACCACCGCAUAUAUAUCGGCAGACACUGCGUUUAGCUAUACGAACCUUUUCAAGUCGACACCUCCGAGGGAUCUGCGCAAUAUAGCGCUCUUUAUCCUCCUGGUCAUUUGGCCUGCCGUCUCGGUCCUUCUCUAUGCCGGGAUUAUGUCCUACAUCGUCGUGAACAUCCUUGGCGAGAAACGACCGCUGAUGUACUACCUGGGUGCUUUGGUUGUCUUUAUUGGAGCGCAGCUCGCGUAUCUCUUUCUCGGGACGGCCAUUUGUCAGGGAACAAAUCGGUUUAUCGACAGCGCCUUCAUCGCGACCCUCCUUGAAACGACUGCAAUGGGCCUCUUGUUUAUAGGAUGGAGGACUAUCACCGAGAGCAAGUGGGAAGACCAGGUCUUCUUCCUCCAGGAAAAUGGAGGUGUCACGCUGCCAGACCCAGUAACGGCGCCAGUCGGUAUCAACGUCGACUGCGGGAUUCCAAAGGCGGGCGAUGGCCGUCUAGGAAAUAUCGUCAGCCGUAGACGGGCUGCUGUUGGCCGCGUCGAACUCCGGUCGUUGCUCAGUGCAUAUCUCCUAACUUUGGCACUACAAAUUGUCACAAAUGGCUCGGUACUCCAACAAGGUUCAACACCCCUCGUCGUCCUCACAGCUAUCCACGCCGCUCUGGUGGCUGCCCUCUUCUGGUUCCUUUUGUUCAACGGCAUUGUCGCCACACAAGUCGUGGAAGAUGGAACCAUGGCAUCUCUGAUCCCCUUCUUCGGACUCGGUUUCCUAAUAUUCGUCGGAACGCUUUAUAUCAGUCUCGAUACCGGUUUUUCUUUCACAAGCGCCUUCCAAUCAGACCCUCCUUCAGACCUUAAGAACAUUGCACUCUUCGUCCUUACCUCUGUCUGGCCUGGCGCAACAAUUAUAUUUUACUACAUCUUGAUGGCCUAUGUCAUCACAGUUGUCCUUCGCGAGAAGAAGCCACUUGGCAAGUCCAACUCGCCUCGCUACUUGACCAUCGCCAUCGUCAUCAUGGCUGCCUCUCAAGUUAUCUACAUGCUCGCCAAUUCACCACUAUGCAAAGUCUCAAAUCAGAAGGUGGAUGGCUCUUUCAUCGCCACCCUCCUCGAGACCGUUGCAGUGGUCUUCCUAGUCGUCACCUGGAGCAGCGUAACGGAGGAAUCAUGGGGAGAUGAAUCGUACUACUGA